AAGAGGCUCGCUGAGGAGGGGCCGGAAGUUGGGGCGGCGGCGGCGGGAGCGGCAGGCGAGCCGGGCGGCUCCUCAGGCUGGGUCGCCGGCGGCGCUGCUGCUGCUGCGGCGGCGGCGGCGGAGGAUGGAGCAGGAGGAGAUCCUGAGGCGCUUCAUCCAGCGCGUGCGGGCCAUGAAGGAGGCCGCCGAGCGCCACGGGGAGGACAACUUCGCCGCCGACUUCAUGAGAUUGAGGAGGUUAUCAACAAAAUAUAGAACAGAAAAGAUCUACCCAACCAUCACUGGAGAAAAGGAAGAAAAUGUGAAAAAGAACAGAUAUAAAGAUAUACUGCCAUUUGAUCACAGUCGAGUUAAACUGACGUUAAAAACUCCCACGCAAGAUUCUGACUACAUCAAUGCAAAUUUCAUUAAGGGAGUACAUGGACCAAAAGCAUAUGUUGCUACCCAGGGACCACUAGCCAAUACAGUAAUCGAUUUCUGGAGGAUGAUAUGGGAGUACAAUGUCGCGAUUAUUGUAAUGGCCUGUCGGGAAUUUGAAAUGGGAAGGAAAAAAUGUGAACGUUACUGGCCACCGUAUGGAGAAGAAGCUAUCUCAUUUGGACCAUUCCACAUUUCUUGUGAAGCUGAACAGGUCAGGACAGAUUACUAUAUUAGAACCCUGCUCAUUGAACAUCAGAAUGAAUCGCGAAGGGUGUAUCAGUUUCAUUAUGUCAAUUGGCCUGACCACGAUGUUCCUUCGUCCUUUGACUCUAUUUUGGACAUGAUCAGUUUAAUGAGAGAAUAUCAGGAACACGAAGACGUCCCUAUCUGUAUACACUGCAGCGCAGGAUGUGGACGAACCGGAGCCAUCUGUGCGAUAGAUUACACAUGGAAUUUGUUGAAAGCCGGGAAAAUUCCAGAGGAAUUCAAUGUAUUUAAUUUAAUACAAGAAAUGAGGACUCAAAGGCAUUCUGCGGUGCAGACUAAGGAACAGUACGAACUCGUUCAUAGAGCCAUAGCGCAAUUAUUUGAGAAACAGUUGCAAAAAUACGAGAGCUCUGCGGCCUGGAAGAUUGCAGACGGAUUGAAGGAAGAUAGCACAGAAAACGCCGUCAGCUCGGAAGACCCCGAGAAACAGGAUUCCCCUCCCCCUAAGCCGCCUCGGACUCGCAGUUGCCUCGUUGAGGGAGACGUGAAAGAAGAAAUUUUGCAGGCCCCAGAGCCCCAUCCGGUCCCACCCAUUCUAACCCCGUCGCCUCCUUCGGCCUACCCAACCGUGACGACUGUUUGGCAAGACAACGACCGAUACCACCCCAAGCCCGUUUUGCACAUGCUGUCUUCGGAGCAGCCGACAGACCUCAACGACAAUUACGGUAAAUCCAGGGAAUAUUCAGGGAAGCACGAAUCGUCCGAUCCUGCCGACAGAAAGCUGGAACACAACUUGAGCUUCGAAAUUAAGAAAGUGCCCCUCCAGGAAGGCCCACGGAGCUUCGACGGGAACCCCGUCCUAAGUCGGGGCAAUGCACUUAAAGUCAAAACGUGCCCGCCUGGCGCGGCGGAGGCGGCCUCCAAACCGCAGGAGCGCGGCUCAGGAGAUGCCCCUACGGAGACUGUACAGAACCCCGGCAUCGAAUGCGACCUGCAGCCAGCAACGCCAGUGGCAAUAUCCUCUCCGGACGGACAUCAGGGCCUUACGACAAUUCCCGAUGCUCUGGGAAGGCCAGACUCUUUGCCCCUUCACAAAGAGAAGGGACACGCCAUGUGGUCGUUAGAAGAGGCUAAACCUGAGCAGCCGCUAUCCGAGGAGGCCUCUUUACCCGUUCUAUGUCACGAAGUUAAAAAUCUGCACGUCGACUCAGGCCUGCCAGCGCAAAUGGAGCCCCCUCCCAGUGAACCAGCAGUUCAUCGCCCCAGCGGCCCGCUCCCUGCUAGAGCCCCCCUGUGUUUCACGAAUCCUCUGCACUCGGAUGAUUCGGAUACGGACGAGAGAAACUGCGAGGGCUACGUGGCGCCUAGCCCGUCUAACGUUUCCGUGGCAAGUGCCACGGUUUCCGCAGCUACUAACACAGAAAACGUUUCUGCUAGAAAAGCGUGGCCGAUGUCCAUUGCGAAGCAGGAUAACCCGGUCCUCCUAAUGCAUUCCGAAUCCGAGAAAGGGGCGAACGAUGACUUUUCUCCCACCUUGCCAGAAAGAACGCUGGAAUUGCUUGUGCUAGCAAGUCAACAGGUCACAGCUUUGACAAAAAGUCCUGCUCUUCAACAGUCGGCUGAAUGGAAUUUGUUACAAGACCAGAACACCUCUGAACAACCAAAAUGUACAGGAAUGAAAAUCACUGGGUCUUCACAGCUUGAUAACUCAGAGCUGGGAGACAAAUCUCCAGCUGAUCUAAUACCUCAACCAUCUUCUGCCAGUCCAACUCCUAAAGGACAGCCCUCAGCAGACAUUGCAAUUGAGGCUAUGGAUAUUGGGUUUGGUAGCCGCUGUGGAAGACCAAAAGGACCAAGAGAUCCUCCUUCAGAAUGGACAUGAUGCGAGAACGAAUGGAUACAUAUUAAAUUAUACUGGAAAAUUCAAGUGCCACUGAACAAGAUCCAUAGUAUUCCAACACUUUAUUUUUUUGGGGAACUAUCAGUGUACAUAUAGCUACACAAUGGUACACUUUUGUAUACAUCUACACAAAUAUUAAAGAUUCAAAAUGGUGGAUUCUAUACUUCAAACUUAAACUUUUUGCUGGGGCCAUCAAUCUGCCUUAUUACAUUUUUUUUUAAAAAGUAUUACUUAUGGUUUGUUACUUCAAGUAUUAUUGCCUUAAUGUCUUUUAAACCUGUUAAAACACUGUUUAUAGACAUGUUAAUAUGGUGAAACUUUUGACAAAUUGAGUUUAUGGACUUUUUUUUUUGUUGCAAAAGUUUGAUUACCAUGUACAUUUUAUUUUGUGUAUGUAUAGGGCAAGCCAGGUAUAUAAUUUGAUAAAGCUGCAAUCAUAAAGUAUUAACAGAAGGUGUAAGAAAUCUCUGCAUGAACUAAAGUUGUGUACCUUGUAAAUUAUUUGCCCUAAUGUUUUAGAAAAUAGUUUGUUUUUUUUAAAAAAGAAAAUGUUGGGUGCACAUUCAGAAUUACAGAAAAGCAGAGAUGAAGAUUGUAAUACAUUUUGUAAAUUGUAAGCAAAAGGUUAUUUUUAUAUUAUAUACUGUUUCAACUGUCAAUCCUAAUUUGUCCUGGUUUUCAUCUAGUCACUGAUAUUCCGUAAGUGCCUUGAAAGACCAGAUUUUUUCGCAUGAACAACUUACCUAUAGAGACUAGUGUUAUCAACAUAUUUGAACUGUCAGUAAAAUAAUAUUUUAAAAUCC